GUAGAUUCAGAGGCAGACAUUGGAUUGGCAUGGCUGAGUGCAGCUCAGUAAUUCAGCCUACAUCCACAAGGCUCCUGCCUGGACAUUUGGAUUGCCUCUCACACAGCUUAGAAAUGGUGCUGGAGAGAAAAGCACUGAGCCUGGCUUUGUUUUUACAUCAUGUUGCAGGGCACUGGAAGAUAGAGAGAGAGAUUUAAGGGCGAGCGGGGGCAACAUCACCACACAUUUGAGCGAUGCUCCGUGAGCUCUGUUUUUUUUCACACCGUUGGGCUUUUCUGCACAAAGACUUCGGACUAAUGGACGAAUGCAGCAAUGCAACUCUUUGCUUGUCAUGCUUGAAUUACUGUGUCACAUAUCCUUUUUUGUCACAGCUCUCAUUGUCUUUGUCUUUGUCUAUCCCUGCUGCCAGACGAACUGUGGGGUAGUGUGGCGGACACAGCUUUCUCAUCAACCCCCCUCUCCCUUGUCUGUUUCCCUUACUUCUCUUUUCUCCCAGCUAACUCCUGUUAAUUUACCUCUUCAGAGCUACAUCCCCCUCUGUGUUAUCCUCAAUUAUUCUCACGGAUUACUAUCAGCCUCUUAUUACACAUUUAAAACAGACAGACUGCUAAUUUAUCUUAGCAGCUUGUUACGUGAUCUCCUAGAAAACAGUUUUCCUCAGCUGUACUGCCGUCACACAAUUCCUAAGUCCUGUCAGGUGUCUCUCUUCAUAACAUCAAGAUGUUCAUUCAAGAGGAUUGAUCCCUUUCAUUUCCUUGAUUCCUUCCACCCCCUUCCUCCUACCAGCCCUGUGCCCUCUGACCCCUGUCUUUUUGUUCUCAACCCCCAUCCAUUUUUUCCAUUUUGUACUUAACCUAAACCUGUUCUCCCCUAAGUCAUUUGACCCUCUCGACCAUGUUGCCAUGGGUCCACUGGCUUCAACCUAUCCUCAUCUUGCUGUCCUCUGUCUUUUGGACCUGGGGCGAAAACUGCCCAGCAACCUGCCUGUGCCCAGAUCCUCACACUGUGGACUGUAGUGGCCGGGGGUUAACCCGUCUUCCUGAAGAGAUCCCUUUGGAUGUCCGGAGGCUUUUGCUAGCCGAUAACUGGAUACCCCGCAUCCCCUCGGAUUUUCUGGUUCUGUAUAGUGACUUGGUUUACUUGGACCUCCGGAACAACUCCCUCUCUUACAUAGAACCUGGCACCCUAAGCACAUCCUCCAGGUUGGUCUUCCUUGACCUAGGUAGCAACAAUCUGACUGAAAUCCCAAAGGGGACUUUCGGGGAGUCCCGGAGCUUGAUCAAACUGCGUCUGGGAAACAACCCAUACUUGAGCAUGGUGAGUGAGGAUGCCUUCCUGGGCCUUACUUCUCUGCGAGAACUUGAACUGGAACGCAAUGCACUAUCUACCCUUAAGGUGGGGGCCCUAAGUCAAUUGCCCUCCUUGCGGGUGGUAAGACUAGAGGGCAACCCUUGGGUAUGCAACUGCAACUUCACCAACCUGUUUGAAUGGUUGAUUGAAAAUCGUCACAAGCUUCCGAAUGGGGUAGAAGGCAUGGAGUGCUCCCUUCCCAUGGAUGGCAGACGCGUUUCUCUGACGCAGCUUUCAAAGGACAGCUUUCGCGAGUGCCAGGCCACUUUGACUCUAACAGACCUACUCAUCAUUAUUUUCUCUGGCAUCUCUGUGUCUGUUGUGGCCAUAAUGACCAGCUUCUUUUUGGCUUCAACUGUUCAUUGCUUCCAGCGCUGGAGUAAGGGCACCAAGGGAGAUGAAGAAGAGAGUGAGGAGUGAAGAGAAUUUUGAUCUAAGGACCUAUAUUGUCCGAGUAGCUUCUUCAAACUAGUGGAGGACACUCAAGACAGUGUGUGGUAGGUGGUGUUUCCUAACUGGCAAAGCUCCAGAACCCUUGGAUCAUCAUGGAUCGGUACAGUUGGAGCCAAAAGAUGAAUGAACAAUAUUAUAUUAAUAAAUGGCAUCUAAAAUGAAUGACAUUUGUAAGUAUACUAUUCCAUGUGCAAAAAUGCUAUAACGGAGAUCAUAUUUUUCUUUGUGAAAGUCAAGGUUUUUGACUCGGUGUCAAAUAGUGUAAGGUAAUAUAAUGAGGCCAAGACUUAUAUAUUAGAAAUAUAUAUUCAACUGGAUUAGAUGAACAUUUUGUUAGAGAGUUAUCAUUUUCAUCUGAGAAAAAUACUAAAUAUAUCCAUGCUGAACUUUCAGCUUUAGAAUAUUAAAUUCUAUACAGAAAGAUCAAAAUAUUUGUGAAUUUUUAAAUCACAUUUAGUGGGGGAAAAAAUUAAAAAUAAAUAUAUAUAUAUAUAUAUUUAAUGCACAACACUUCACUGAAAAUUUGUUCCAAAAGGAUGUCAUAAUGACCGGUGACCUCAAUAUCCAACUGCUUGUGACUUGAUAUGCUGGCAUAUCGGAUCAUUUAACAGUGUUCUGUCUGGAUUGCCUCAUUUGUUUAUAUUAAAAUGUUGUUUUGCAGAACUGAGCAAGAUUAAUGGUAUAGCUCUUGUUGAAUCGAUUAUAGACAUAAAGGGUUUGGCAGACAGGAACAUCUUUAAGGUGGGUCUUCUCAAAUAUUUAGCAGUAUUCAUUAUAUAAAUGCAAAUUGAUGUACAAACGUAAAUUGUAUUUAAUCAAUGUAGAAGUCAAAAGGAUAGCAUAUUCCUUAGACAUAUGACUGUAAACUAUGUAGAGAAAGAUAUUUCUGAAAUAUAUAGUCUUGCAAAUGAUGGCAAAGUAUGAUAUUAAAUUAAAUCUAUUUAGUUACUCUGUCGAUGCACUUUAAACAGUAAACCUAAUUUUGGCAGGUAUCUCAUUUAGAAUAAUACUGUCUUUGUUUGCCAAAGAUUAGGUUUCAGGAGUGGAAAAUUGAUUUGGUAGGACUUUGUUGUUGCAGAUGAGAAACUUAGAAAGAAAGAAGUAGCUUCAUAACAGAAACCAACUUGCACUUUGUAAAGACCCUUUGUACUCAAAAAAUAACCAUCUCCAAAGAUUCACAAUUUCUUCCUGUCAGUCUAUAGCACCUUUCAGGUCAGAGUUCUGUGAUAAAUACAUAUUUCAAAGAUAAAUUUAGAGCUAACGUUUAGAUCUGACUAUGUAAUCUAUCCAGCUCAUGGGGCUCCAUGCCUUUCAAAACAUACAGCCAAAAGCAUGGAUGUUAAGGGGCAAGGUGUAUAAAGAAGUAACCCAAAAAUAUAAUAAGGUGUCAUUAAUUUCAACAAUACUCAUUAAAUAUGGUUUAAAAAGAAUUUCAUGCACCUAAUUUUUGGGUUACUUCUUUGUUGAGAUUAACAUGCUAAGUACAUUUGGUGCUUCAAGAAAAAAAAACAAAAUCUGUGUACAUCAUCCUUAGUACAUUCGUGUCUGUGUGUGAGAUUAUGCUACACAACAUAAUUAUUGAACAUAAUCUAUACUGGAGGAUUAACACAGCAUUCUGCAGCUCCCCCUUUUCAUCUUAGCUCAGUGGGCCUCAUGCAACAACUUUUUUGUAUUAUAAAUUUCUACUACCGUGGGCUCCUAUGACAAUAACACAUCAGAUUCAAUAAAUGUUCUCCAGUAAAAUUUUGUAAAUGAUCCUCGUAUACAUGAUGCAGUCCACCUGUGUGUGAGUGAGAGCGUGUUCAUGAGAAGGAAAAAUCUGCAUUAUUACCCGAUAACACCAUGUAAGGCUAGUGAGACCAUUCACAAAAAUUGCAUUGAAGAUGAAAAGGAGAGACUACCAUUUUGGAGAAUGAGGUUCUGCUGACCAAGAGCUGAGAAGCAGAAUUAAAGGACCAGUAAAAGUGAAGAGGUGGGGAAUAAAUCACAACAGCUUUAAAAGAAAACAUUUUUUUGGUUGCACUGUUACAGAAAUAAAAAUAAAUUAAAUAAUAACACAAAUCAUCUUUUCUGAAAAUGGUGUUAAAAUCAUGUUUAGCAAAAACGAAAGUCAAUGGUAUUAGUGGUACCAAAGUACCAGUGGAGGCCAGAAGUAAAUUGAUAUAAUUAUUAACUAUAACUUUUAUGAUAGAAAUGCUUGAUAUGAGUUUACCAUUAACCAAAAUGACACAACAUCCUGCAAAAUCUCCCUUUAUGGCACAUGUUGGCUAUUUAUCUCCAGUGAACUGAAUGCAUACAUUAGAAGAGUUUCAAGCAGCAAAAUGUUACUGAAUAUCUUUUCAUAACUUUCUAUCAAUUUUUUUGGAUGUUACUUCAAAAGUAGCUUGAUCCCCCAUAGAGCUCAUUGACUGCACUUUCUUUUAACAAAAUUACAACAACUCAAACCAGCAUCCCCUGGAUACCCCCCGGUCCCCUGGAACUGCCAGCUGCUACUGUGCUGACCAACAGUUCUGUCAUCAGUGGAUUAAAUAAGGAUUUAUAAUUGCAACAUUGCAUAGCAUAUGAUGAUGUAGACAAAUAAAGCAGACAAUUUCUUCUAAGUAUCAGCAAAUCUGGUCAUUUAGUGAAAAACUAGGUUUGGCUAGCAGUUGAGUGAUUGCACAAGAAUCCUGCUUCAACUUUGGAGCGCUUGAAAGAUGUGUUCAUACUUGAGAGAAGAUUAGAAAUUGGAGAAAAAUCAUGAAUGCGAUAUCACUCAUGCAAACAAUUUAAGAACAGAUUUGUUCAUACAGAUGCUUCUUACAUGAGGCCCAAUGACUGCAUCUUCCACAGAGGAUAGCAGAAAAAUCGUCUGUGGACCCGAUUCCAUCUCAGCUCUUUUAUGCCUUGUUUGUGUGGCAAGAUUUUAAAUUAGUCCAAUGAUUUUUAAAAAACCUAACAGAUCCCACACAUGGCGAUUAAAAAAAUCAUAGAUAUAACAGAUUUUUUUACUACAUCUUGUGAUGUGUGAUACAGAAUCCAUUCAGGAACACUGAGAUGUCAGACCUGUCUGACAUUCUUUAUAACCUGUUGGAGAAAAAAAACAGAGUUCAAAGUAAAAACUAUUUUCAAAGAAGACAAACCAAUGGUGAUACUUGUUCAACUAAUUUUAUGAGAGAAAGAUAAUUGGUUCAAUUAGAGGAGACAGAACAACCAGGGUGCUCUGCUUGCUAAACUGGUGAGUUUUCUGAUUGGCUACUUGCCAAAUCGAUAGUUUGCAUCCUUGUUUGCAGUUUGGGACACCAUUCGUGCUCAGAUAACGGGCCAAGAAUAUCCAACAUGUUGGAUAUCCCUGAUUUGAGGUCAAGAGAGGAGCCAAUGACCUUACAAGCAGAUAUGAUCAAUCAUAACACGCCACAAACUCUGGUAUUAUCUGAUAUGAUCAUUUUAACACCAUUACGAUAAUCAGGGCUACCGGAAAUGGGAACAAUUUUCACAAUUAUCUUGCUGUGUGAAAAAGUCAUUAGCUGAUCAUGAAGAACACCUGCAGAAGACUUUUCAGUCACAGGCUGAUGGUCUGACCUGAAAGGAGCUUUUGUCUUAAUCAUAAGUAAUUACACAUUUCAGUGUUUAAUCCUGAUUUAAAAUAAUAGGCCACCUUGCAUUAUAAAGCUAUUUAUUUUAUGAAAAGUUAGCUCAUUUGAGAAAUGGGUUGUCUUGAGAUUAUAAUAAUUGUGUUUUUUUCAUUAAGUUUUUAUUUAGGUCGUUCUGCAUAAGAUCCAUCAAAUUUAUAUAUUUAAACCUUCUGAAUUGAUAUACAGAGAUAUUCUCAAUUUAACAUUUCCUUAACAGAUUCUGGAGAAGUUCAACACACUCCAGAUCUAAUACUCCUAAAAACCUUGUGUUUUCUUUUUGGAAUUUUAUGAAGUGUUUUGAAAUCCUCAUUAAUAAGGAUUUGAAAUGCACAAAGGAUGAUAUGUAAUUAUUUGUUUUUCGUGUUCUUGUAAUUCAUUGGUAAUUCAGCAAACUGAGAUGUAGCAAAAAGAAUGUCAAACAGUGGAUAUAUAGAAACAGCCAUCCAUAUAUAGUGAUCAUUUCUGUGUUGGCAACCUAAGAUAAAAAAGGGAUAUAAAAUUAUUUUUUCUCUUUAUAAAGAGUUCAUACCCUAAGUGUGCAGCAGUUAAUUAGCACAUUUUGCAGAAAUGGCAAACUAUAAGAGUGGCCUUAUUCAUUGUUGUUGUUUUAUGAACAGACAUUAAAAAUCACUCUUUCAAAGGAUGUCUCAUAUCAAUUGUUGUAACCUAGCAGUAAUAUUGAUGUCUGUAUUCAAAUGUGUCAUGUCUCACAUCACUAACUAAAAAUGGCACUGUAAAAAAAUGGUGAAAUUUUAACGUAUGGAUGUUGUGUAUUGCCGGAACAUGGUACACACUGAUGUCCCAAUGCAGAACAAAAAUAAUAGAAACUGACCUUUGAUUAACCCCCAUUUCUGAAAUGUCCAUUAAGGUAACAGGUUUGUCAGCUUUUUAAUGCGCCUUUUUAAUGACUAAAGCCAAACGAUGAGAAAGAGGAAAGACAAGGCUAGAGUUUGCAUCACCAUUUACUUCCUGUCUAUACAGAGAGUGCUUCCAGAUGCAAUUUUAAAUCCCCUAUUUAACAAAACAUAAUGCUUAGGAAGAUUAAUAAAGGAAGGUAUGACCACAACGGCACCAGCAACAUUUAAAUAUAACCAGCAUGAAAUGCUAGUAAAAUCAAAACAAAGCCUAUUGAGCUACAUAUGGAAAUUUAUUAACAAACAAACUUUCUCCAAACUACAGCAAAUCUGCUCAGAUUUUUAUUUUUUUUUUUUUUUGUUUAAACAUAUUUAUCUCAAUAUAGCACUAAAAUUCAUAGCUAAAGAAAAUAAGUCAAUUAAGCAAGAUAAGAAGCAAAAAUCUUCCUUUAAAUUCACAAAAAAAUCUGAUGUAAUUUGUAUUAUUUGAAUUUAUUUACACAUAAUAACCUUUUUUUAUAUUCGGAUGCACAAACUUAAAUGAAGGGAUCACAGGGAGAAUUUUUUAUACAUAUCAUUAUUAUUUGCAACUACUAUGUAGUUAUUGUAUAUUGAAAAAUACUUUGUUAGAUGACUUGUUAAAAUGAAACAUAUUAGCAUGAAAUUUUACUUUCUCUUGUUUUAUUACCAAUUUAAGUACAUUAGAGCAUGCACUGUUAAGUUACCACCUGGAUAAUUUUCAGAUUCAUGUCUAUUUUUCUAUUACAGCUUCCAAACUGAAGCAUUAUUUACAUCAUUUGUUCCCUGUGUAACUAUCUGGCAUCACACAGCCCUGGGAAAUAAAAACAGUGGUGGCUGCUUUUGUGCAGCUUGUCUUGCGUAAAACACCAAGAUUCUGUUUGUGAUUUGUCAGACAAAUGUCAGAAUGGGUCAGUUCUAAAUUAUUUUGAUGGAGAAGUGAGUGAUGAUGCUGUUGCUGCAGAAUGCAUUUCCAAAUGUCAAACAGACACUUUCAAACAGACUGUAUGUGUAGCUGUAUAUUGAUGUUUGGUUAAAAACUAUGAUAGUAAUAAAACCCUUUCUUCUGUCCACAUCUGUGUUUGCUCCAAGUAAAAUGUGUUUACACAAUGCUCACAUGGAAAAUCAAGGUAGCAUUUGACAAGAUGUAGCACUGGCGGCAUUUUUAUGUUGUGUUUAAUAUGUUGUAUUCAGCAGGGAUGAAAAAGGUAUUGGUGCAGUAUGUCCAACCUACUGUUUUGGACAACAGUUGAAAAGAUGAUUUUAAUAAAGUGUCAGAGGGAUAAUGUGGGAAAGAACUCUUUAUUUAAUGUGAUUUUUUUUUCUUCUUGUCGCUGGGAUAUAUGGAUUUGGAUUGUCACAGCAGCAGAUAAAUAACCCCCAUCUGUAUAUACAGUAUAGCACAGUGAGCCAUCUCACAGGGCACUGUUGUCACAGUGUGGAUAUGCAAAUAGCAG